UGCCGUGUUUGAGUGGCUGCAGGUGACCGGUGCAACAAGCGCUCCCUCGUCAGAAACUUAAAAAAGAAAACAAAAGAAGUAGACACAGAACUGGAGAGAACUUUUUCUGGGGGGAAAAAAGACGAGCCGUGUGAUUUAUUUUCAACUAUUUAAACCUCUGGAAGACUCUCAGAGCUGCCACGAGAGGAAUCGGCUCUCUCCGCCUCCCUCUUCUCUCCCGCCGCUCUCCUCCUUUGCCUCACCCAACACUUGGAACCAUCCAUGAGUGUGAGCAACUCCUCUGCCUAUCGAUCGGAGCGUAGUUUCCACCAGACUUCAUCCUCCACCUCGUCCACCAGCAACCCAUACAUGGAGAAGAGCCGGGGACUGUUCGCUGAGGACUUUGGCUCCUUCAUGAGGCCUGGGAGCGACUCGCUGGGCUUUUCCAGCGGAUCUGGAAACAUUAAAACUCUCGGUGACUCGUACCAGUUCACAGUGGACGUGCGAGACUUCUCCCCUGAAGACGUCAUCGUCACCACGUCCAACAACCAGAUAGAAGUUCGUGCAGAAAAGUUGGCCCAGGAUGGAUCGGUGAUGAACACCUUCACCCACAAGUGCCAGCUACCUGAGGACGUGGACCCCACCUCAGUGACAUCAUCGCUGGGGGCUGAGGGGACCCUGACCGUCCGCGCGAGGAGGCAACCGGCCAAACACGAGCUCACACAGACCUUCCGCACCGAGAUCAAGAUCUAGAGGAGACUUUUCCUGCCGCACGUCCAUCACCUCUUCCUCUUUUCUUUGUGCUACUGCCUGUACUCACUUUUAUCACUCCACUUUAGACACUUUUCUCUUCUAAUUAAACGUCCCACAUCAUACGACCAGAAACAUCUUUCGCUGUUUUUAUCUUUAAUACAUUUAUGCCAAACAAGCAGAUAACAUAAGACUAAACAGAGGAUGGAGCGCCACACACACACACACACACACACACACACACACACACACACACACACA